GUGUCGUGCAGAGUUAUAGACGCAGUAUGGGGCAUGGUGUUGGAAGAGGCUCAUCAUGGAGGUCGUUUUGCCUGAGUAUAUCGGAUGAGUAGGAGUCUAACUUCAGCCGACUCAGCCCCACAGCUCUGUCGGAAGCUCCGAGUCGCCCGCACAUGGGUAGAAUACUGUUUGCUGGCAUAGAAAAAAGCCACAUGAAUGCAUCCAUUCGCUUGUUGAUGUUGGGGCCCGUCCGAUCAACUCCGGUCCAGAGUAAGUCAGAUAGCUCCAUCAUCUCAUCGGUCACUGUGCUAAAACAUCUCUCAACUCGGGGGCACAGUGAAUGCUCAGUGUCAGUGGAUCGAUAAAGUGAAAUGUGCGCUGUGGGAAAAACGUUGCCUUUUUGAUUGCGCCAAAAUUUGUUCGGCUUUCGACAAUCUGUUGGUGCAUUACAAGCCAAAGCUUAUCCGCUCAGGAGGACUGUUCAGAGGAGCUUGUUUUUAGCUGAAAACGAUAUAAACGAGCAUGAGUGCCGAAGACGACGACCCCAGCUUGUGGAGAACACCGGCUUUCCGGCAAAGCAUCCACUCAAAAAUUGAAGAGACAAUUAGGGCAUCGCCCAACACUCAAUGCAACGACGCGGCCGAAAUGGAAGAUCACGCCUUCAGUACCGCCACAACAAAGGAUCAGUACUUGUCAAUGGUGGCCUAUCUCAUGGAUUAUAUUAGAGGUGAUUCGGAAAGAAGGAGUGCUCCAACAAAUGAAAAUUUAUGGAAAACACCUGCUCUUCGAGAAAAUGUCCGCGCAAAAAUAGAGUGGGCCAUAAGAAAUUCUCCCAGCCAGUCAUACGAGAAUGCUGUUGAAAUGGAGAAUCAAGCAUUCAUGCGAUCGUCGACGAGGGAGCAGUAUCUGUCGUAUGUGUCUAGGAUAACAAAGCAUAUUCGGGGCGAUACGGAUGAGAUCAGCGACCUCAUAUUACGUGAAUUGGAACAAAUAAGCUCGUCGACGAAUGGUGAUCGUUGGAAGACUCCGAACUUCAGGCGGUUAAUUUGCUCGAAAAUAGACGAAGCAAUUAGGAACUCACCAAAUCAGCAUCGACGAACAGCGGCUGAUAUGGAAAAUACGCUGAUAAGCCGGGCAAAGUCAAAGGAAGAAUAUUUGUCAUUUGUGGCUCGCCUUGUAAUUCGCAUGACAGGUUCUUCUACUAAUGCCGACUCGGUUAGCUUCGAACAUGGAACUGGACGAGCUGAUUUAGGAAGCACUGGCCGCGUAGGACCUCCAGGGGCAACUUGAUCUUAUGAUAUCUAUCUAUAGAAACUAUAAUCAGAUAUAGGAUCUCUAUCGAUUUAGCUACUGACCGCCGGAAAAUAAUUUGCUCUUUGACAACCGUGCAGGUUCCAUUCUCUAAUCUACGCUAAGGGCUCAGAGAGUCAACAACCGGAAGCAAAUCAAAAUACUCUCUGUGACCCUUCAAGGGAAAAUAAAUGUAUGCAGUUAUUGGAACUGCAGCGUUUUAUAUAAUAAUAUAUCAAGACAGCUGUAUUGACGCAAGUCUAGAGGUAGAGGCCUAUGCAAAACAGUAGCACGGUACUACUACAUCGACUAAUUCCGCAAGUGUUAUCUCGCUUGAUCGUAUCUAUACAUUUCAUCUAUUCAAACCGAAUAUAAUAUGUAUACCUUUGGCCAGAUAACAGUCAGGCGACGCAUGCUGUUGUUGCAGAUAUUUCACAUAAUGUGACGUAGUUACGUUUCCACUUUAAGUAAUUGCUAACAUCUUACGGGCUCUGUUUACAUAAACCUACCAUGUCUCUAUGCAUUUAGCAUAGCGCGUUCAGAGCACAGGUGCCGUGUAGAAAGAGAUUAAACAGGUGGUGACAAAAUAUAUAGCUGUUCAUUACGAUAGGUAGAGACCGCAAUUUCAAUGUUGACGAUGGAACAAAUCCCCAUUCUGCGGUUUGUUAUUUAGUGUUAUCGAGAACUUCUUAGUACCUAAAAAAGUUCUGCAAAGGCCGUUCUGUAUAGUGCUCCCUCUGUUUAUUCUCUGGGACAAUUGUUUCCGUAUCGGUUAUAACGGUUUGCUUUUAAUAGUGCAAUGAACGAAGCACACUUGUGUCACACGGUACACAAUUAUAAAUCUAAAAUCUCGUUACAGCGAGUUCAUGCUAAAAUCGACAACUCUUGGAUGAACGCUGACAAAAAUCAUGCAGUUGCUGUUUUAUGCUUCUAAAAUCUCCAUCCCUACAGAUCACGGUAAUACGACUUUCUUCACUAUCAAAGCAACCCAAUGUGAAACUUUAAUUAUCUUCUAGAUCUUUGGUAAACGAGUUACCGUUCCUGAAAGAGCAGUAGUUCUGUAGGUAAAGCAGGAUGCCUGCGAACCUUGUUGAAAGAAAUGAUGCCGGGGAGUGUACUGAUAGAAAGAAAUGACCUGUGUUGAGCCCUCUUCUGAUACGCCAAAAAAAUCUUAAAACGUACCGGUAGGUUUUUCUGUCACCAAACCUCUAGAAAGCUAAAAAAUGGCGAUUGUAUCUAUUACGCUAAUGCGGACCGAUAGAAUUAAGCGUUGCACUUAGCGUGUCCACCGUGUAAUAAGGUGAAUGUAAAUACCUGUAACUAAUAUAUAUAUACAUUGUACUAUUUACAAUAAAUUAGUUUAUAUCUUUUCUACCCGACUCGUCUUGCUAAGUUACGUUACUUUUCAUUUUUCAUGUGCUUUGCCACCCAAGAGCUUCACCGAAAAAUGGCACGCUUUAUAUAACAUGGCGGGCAUAAUAAAUAACACUCUAAAUCCAAAACAUCCUGUGCAUCCUUAGAUUUUAGUGUCUAGUUCUGUACGCAUCGUUCGU